CAGUUGAGCGCCGCGCCGCGUCACGUCCCAAGUCUUGUCGCUUAACCGCGACAUUUAUACUUAGGCCCACCUGCAUUGCAGUACUGCGGGCGAUGACAUCCCACGUGUACAGAGACGAAAAGAUGUGGGACACGACAAAGGAGGUGGAAGCGCUUCUGGGACCUAGCGCCGUAGUCAUGCGCGGAAUCGGGCUGUGGCAACCACCCGGAGGCCAGCCAGCGGGUGCCAAGUUUCUGAUCACGGCCUUGCUGCUACUCCAGCAUCUCGCCAUCCUCGUCGGAGGCCUCGUGGAAAUCGCCAUAGACCCGCCGCCUCUGGACGUCUUCUUAGAGGCGAUCUUCACUAUGGCCUGCAGCUUCACCUGGGGACUCAGAGUGGUGUUGGUUCUAGUACGGCAGAGCAGAGUGCAGCAGCUGGUGGUGGACGUGUUGAACAUGAGGAAGCAGUUCACUGAAAACAGCGCUGUCUUACGCAAAUCCUACCGCAGGCACGCAAAUAUUGUGUGCGUUGCAUGGGUGGUUUUUCCGCUGCUGGCCGUACCCAUGUGGUUUGUGGAACCCGCACUGACCAAGACACUGGUUACGACGUCUGAAAACACCACAAUAGUCAUUCGGAAAACUCCGUUGAUCAUGUGGAUGCCUAUUGACACGCAGACACAUCCAAACUACGAAAUAACAUACGUUAUACAGCUCUUACUCCUUGUUAACGUUGUCCAAGCGACAGUCUUUAUUGAUCUUUUUUUCGCCUCCUUAAUGAUCAAUAUAACAGCCGAUAUAGCUAUACUGAAUAAUAACAUCGCAAACAUGCGACUGCAUAAAGAAAAUGGAGUUAUGAAGAAGUCGGCGGAAGGAGUCAAGCUAUCUGGUGCAUGGGAAGUCACGAAUAAGAGGAAAAAAUCACUAGCAGAGAAAGGUGAACCGUACGACGAGAACGCAGCCACGACCACACCAUAUACCACCGAUCCCAGCGCGCAACUGUACAGAAAAUUAGCGAAGAAUAUUCAGCACCAUCAAGUCAUAAUGUCAAUCAUCAACGACUUGGAAUCUAUCAUGAGCGAAUCGAGUGUCAUCAUGCUGACCGUAAAUUCAAUAAACAUCUGCCUACAAGGUCUUGGAUUUGUAGACGCUCUCCGUCCUGGCGCGAAGAGAACACUUGUUCUGAAGAAAGUGCUGACUUUCCCAGCGUACAUCAACCAGACCGCCCACUUCUGCUGGUGCGGCCAGGACAUCAUAGACCAGAGCGAGCGGCUGCUGGAGUCUGCCUUCAGCUGCGGCUGGGCGGACGCUGACCAGCGUUUCUGCAGUUCACUGCGCAUCUUCAUGCUGCAGGCGGCGCGCCCGCUUAAGCUGCAGAUAGGAAAGAUAUUCACGCUCUCCAGAAACCUCUUCCUGCAGCGACCCACGACGACGCUUAGACGCAAACAGCUGCGCGCCGCGUCACGACACAAGCCUUGCCAUUCAACUGCGACUUUUAUACGUGGCUCCACUUGCUCUGGAGCAGCACAGGCGAUGACAACUCACGUCCACACAGACGAAAAGAUGUGGGACACGACCGAGGAGGUGGACGCGCUGCUGGGACCGUGCGCCGUCCUCAUGCGCAGAAUUGGGCUGUGGCAGCCGCCGGGCGGCGAGCCCGCGGGCGCCAAGCUGCUGGCCACGGCCGUCGUGCUGCUCAUGAUUGUCGCCAUCAUCAUCGCGGGCUGCGUGAAAAUCAUCGUCGACCCGCCGCCUGACUUCGAUAGCAUCGGCGAGGGGGUCUUCACGACCGUCUGCAGUUUCACCUGGGGAGUUAGGAUAGUGUCGAUUCUAGUACGUCAGAACAGAGUGCAGCAGCUGGUGGUGGAUGUUCUGAACAUGAGGAAGCGGUUCACAGAAAAUAGCGCAGACCUACGCAAGUCCUACCACAGGCGCUCGAUGAUCGUCUGUGUUGCUUGGGUGAUUUUCCCUCUGGUGGGCAUACCGAUGUGGUUUGUGGAACCUGCCCUGGCCAAGACGCUGAUAACAACGCCUGAAAACACCACGAUAGUCAUACGGAAAACUCCGCUCAUUAUCUGGAUGCCUAUAGACACGCAGACGCAUCCAAACUACGAAAUAACGUACGUGUUUCAGCUGUUCAUCCUCGCUGCAGUGGUGCAGGUGAACGUCAUAGUUGAUCUUUUCUUCGCCUGCUUAAUGAUCAAUGCAACAGCCGACAUAGCUAUACUGAAUGACAACAUUGCAAACAUGCGCCUGCAUAAAGAAGAUGGACUCGUGAAGAAGUCCGCAGAAGGAGACAAGAUAUCUGCUGCAUGGGAAAUCGCGUACAAGAGCAAGAAACCGGUGGCAGAGAAAGGUGAACCGUAUGACGAGAAUGCAGCCGUGCAGACACAUUGUGAUGCCGACCCUAGCACACAACUCUACAGGACGUUAGUGAAGAAUAUUCAGCACCAUCAAGUUAUAAUGUCAAUCAUCAAUGACUUGGAAUCCCUGAUGAGUGAAUCGAGCGUCCUCAUGCUGGGUGUAAAUUCAGUAAACAUCUGCAUACAAGGCCUUGGAUUUGUCGACGCUUUCCGUCCGGGUGCGAAGAGAUCAACUGUUCUGAAGAAAGUGCUCACCUUCCCAGCAUACGUCAACCAGACCGCCCACUUCUGCUGGUACGGCCAGGAAAUCAUAGACCAGAGCGAGCGGCUUCUGGAGUCUGCCUUCAGUUGUGGCUGGUCAGAGGCGGACAAGCGUUUCUGCAGCACCCUGCGCAUCUUCAUGCUACAGGUGUCACGCCCGCUUAAGCUGCAGAUUGGCAAGAUAUUCACUCUCUCCAGGAACCUUUUCCUUCAGAUUUUGAACACAUCGUAUACGAUCUUCAACAUGAUGAUUAACUUCUAAAGAUGAAAUGGACGCUCUUUUUGCUUUACCUUCAUGCCGCUGCUGUUUCAAGUAUCACCCACGCAAACUGCUACGUAACAUACAAAGGCCAGUUUUUAUAUCACACUUGACUGAGUCUUUUUCAUCGAGAUAGUCUGCAAUGUAAUACUACCAAAAGAUUAUACUUCAUAUUUUUCAAUGUACAAGAACAUCAUUUUGGUGCAAUAUAUUGUAUAUUUGAAUUACAAGUAACCUAAGUCAUAAUUACACCUGUAUUGUAGCGAUAGGAGUAAUACGUUAUUUGUACUACAGAAUGCUGCAAGAUCUGUUCGAUAUUAACAUGAUGCAAGAUAAAAAGUGAUUUAUAAGGUACACGCAAACUGGAACUUAAAAUUUUAUUGUUAGACUAGUGACACUAUAUCAAAUUUGAAGGCAAUAACUGCACAUGUCUGAUAAAUAAAAUUUUAUAUUGCAUAAAAUA